AUGGAGAACGAAAGCUCUUCGCCCUUGGCACGGGCAGCUCGCGCCUUGAUGGAGGCGGACUGGGUGUUGGUGGCCAGUGGAGCAGGCUUAAGUGCGGAUUCUGGGUUGGAGACCUACGAAGCCCUGGGCCCCGACUACGACCAGCUCUGUCGAGCAGAGCUAUUGUACGAGGACACUGAGCGCUUCCAGAACUUUUGGCUCAGCAGCUUGCUGAAGUAUCGUGCUCAAGUGCCGCACGAAGGCUUCCAAGUUCUGGAAGGCCUACUGCGAGAACGAGCAGAUAUGGGCCGAGUGUAUCUUUACACCAGCAACGUGGACGGUCAUUUGAGACAGCUGCGAGGCUUCCCCCUGUGUGAGCUCCACGGCUGCUGUGAGGAUUGGAUUUGCUCCGCUCGUCUGACGCCUGAGGCGGACCAUGCGCCCCGCUGGGCGCGGGUGCGGGCGGCACAGGAGGAACUCUUAAGAGGAGGCACAGCGUGCAGAGAGCCUAUGACAGUCCGGAUGGAAGGUGGCUUGGAAGAGGUGCCUUUGAAGUGUCAUUGUGGACUGCCACUGCGAUCCGUGGUUUUCGGAUCAGAUGAUCUGGGUGACGUUUUUGUUUUGUUGUUUAACGUUUGUUCCUUUCUUUUUUUCGGAUUUGACCUGCAGAGUCUGGGGAGACCCAUCAUGGUGUGGAGCUUUUUGCCUUUUGGUUCCACAUGAGCACUCGUCGCACCAGGCUCCAGUUGAUUGACCCCGAACGUGUGGUGACUGCCGUGAAGAUGAAGUGUAGUUGAGUUUGGUGGCUCUGUUAAGACAGAGAGACUCAAAAGAUCUCAGAUAACACGGCCGCUACAAGAUGCUAUAGCCAUUAUGAAUUCUCAAUUGCAAGGGUCUCCUUGUUGGUGAGGGUUUUUCCCGUUUUCUUUAUUGAAUCACAUCCACUUGGGUUUGUACGUGUGUUUGAAGCUUCUACACCACAUCCAUAGUGUAAGCUCCAAGCUAUGCAUGGUUUCUCCUGCAACUGGUUCCACAUCUCUAGGAUGAAGACUGCAAGAUGAUGUGGGAUUCAUCAGAUACAUGAAGCAGAUGUUUAAUCAUGUUUAAUCGUGUAUGUAAAAAAAGAAACAGGAUGCUUAAAUUCCGAACCUAUCAGCAAUCUUCAUCAAUCGUCGAUGAAGACUUCCGGAUCAACAUGGCUUUGGCACCCCAUGACAAAUUUGCCGACAUGUCCUGAAUGAUCUUCUUUGGCGGAAGACAAAUCGUCAUCAUGUUCCCAAAACGCCUCCAGCUGGCUCCAGAUGUUCUGUUUCAUCGAUCUCGUGCCUUAUUUUCCCUACUCCCAGGACCCUGUGUUUUGAUGUUCGGUGACGAGGAUGAAGCCUUGCUCCAGCAGCUUCAGAAGGCUUGGGCGCAGUACCAAUGCUGGGAGGAUGCCAUGGAGGAGGAGAUCAGCGGGAGCCAUUUGGUGAUCCUGGAGAUCGGUGUGGGACGCCGCGUGGAGGUGGUGCGACAGGAGACGAAGGGGAGCGAGGAGAUCAGCGACGUCUGGGCGGUCAACGCUUCUGUGUGGGACCGUGAGACGUUGGGGUGGACAUUGAUGGGUGGGACCGUGA